GGUGGGGAGGCGCGGCCGGCUCGGAGAGCGGCCGGGAGCACGGCCGGAUCGCGGAGGGGCGCGGGCGAUGUGGGGAGGCCCGGGCGGCCGCCGGGUCGGGGGCGGAGCCAAUGACCCCGAGGGCACCGCCCCGUCGCUCCGCCGGAGCCGUCGGCCGAGCACCCAGCCCGGAGUCCAGGAAAGUUGCGGCACCCGCGACUCCGAGGACGCGACAAUGCAGGGCCGAGCGGACGCAGGCGAGGCCGAUGAAGAGGCGGGGGCCGGCUCGGGGUCGGAGGCCGAGGAGGACGCGCUGUGGGAGCGGAUCGAGGGCGUCCGCCACCGGCUGACGCGCGCCCUGAACCCGGCCAAGCUCACGCCGUAUCUGCGCCAGUGCCGCGUCCUGGACGAGCAGGACGAGGAGGAGGUGCUCAGCACAUACCGUUUCCCGUGCCGUGCCAACCGCACCGGGCGCCUCAUAGACAUCUUGCGCUGCCGUGGCAAGAGGGGCUUCGAAGCCUUCCUGGAAGCCCUGGAAUUCUAUUACCCAGAACACUUCACGCUGCUCACUGGCCAGGAACCUGCCCAACGCUGCUCUAUGAUCCUUGAUGAGGAGGGGCCCGAGGGCCUGACCCAGUUCUUGAUGACUGAGGUUCGGAGGCUUCGGGAAGCCCGAAAGAGCCAGCUACAGCGAGAGCAGCAGCUCCAGGCCCGGGGCCGGGCACUGGAAGAAGAGCGGGCAGGGCUGGAGCAGAGGCUGCGGGAGCAGCAACAGGCACAGGAACGCUGCCAGCGGCUGCGUGAGGACUGGGAGGCCGGCAGCCUGGAGCUGCUGCGGCUCAAGGACGAGAACUACAUGAUUGCCAUGCGCCUGGCUCAACUCAGCGAGGAGAAGAACUCAGCUGUGCUGCGCAGCCGGGACCUGCAGCUGGCGGUGGAUCAACUGAAGCUCAAAGUCAGCCGGCUGGAAGAAGAGUGUACACUGCUGCGGAGGGCCCGGGGGCCACUGCCUGGGGCUGAAGACAAGGAGAGGGAGCCAGAUGGUGCCGAGCUGCUCUCCGAGCUCCGUGCAGAGAACCAGCGGCUGACGGCGUCACUGCAGGAGCUCCAGGAAGGCCUUCAGCAGGAGGUGUGCCGGCAAGGGCCUGCAGGCUCUGAGCGCAUCCUGCUGGACAUCCUGGAGCAUGACUGGAGGGAGGCGCAGGACAGCAGGCAGGAGCUGUGUCAGAAGCUGCAUGCCGUGCAAGGCGAGCUACAGUGGGCGGAGGAACUGCGGGACAAGUACCUGCAAGAGAUGGAAGAUCUGCGGCUCAAACACCGAACGCUGCUGAAGGACUGUGAUCUCUAUAAGCACCGUAUGGCCACUGUGCUGGCCCAGCUGGAGGAGAUUGAGAAAGAGCGGGACCAGGAAGUGCCCACAGGCGACAGCACCAUUCUCCUUUCAUCCAGCCCACUGAGCCAGCGUGCCUCCCUCAGAGGCUGGCUGUCCUGCUCUCUCCAGGCAAUCCAGAGCCGAGACCGGAUCCAGCUGCAGUACUCCCAGAGCCUCAUUGAGAAGGAUCAGUACCGCAAACAGGUGCGGGGACUGGAGGCAGAGCGGGAUGAGCUGCUCACCACGGUCACCAGCCUGGAGGGGGCCAAGGCAAUGCUGGAGGCGCAGCUGCAGAGGACGCAGGGGGGCUCCUCUCUUAAGGCCUGUGCCUCUUCGCAUUCCCUGUGCUCCAACCUCAGCAGUACCUGGAGCCUCAGUGAGUUCCCAUCCCCGCCCGGAGGCCCCGAAGCUGCAGGAGAAGCCGGGGGAUCUGAGGCCCAUACCUCGUUUCAGGAAGAAGCCACAGACAGCGAGAAGGAGAUCAACCGACUCUCCAUCCUGCCCUUUCCACCCAGUGCCGGCUCCAUUCUCCGCAGGCAGCGCGAAGAGGACCCAGAGCCCCCUAAGAGGUCUUUUAGCAGCAUGUCGGAUAUCACAGGGAGUGUGACCCUUAAGCCCUGGUCUCCCGGCCUCUCUUCAUCCUCCUCCUCUGACAGUGUGUGGCCUUUGGGAAAGCCGGAAGGCCUCCUGGCCCGGGGCUGUGGCCUGGACCUCCUCAAUAGGUCUCUGGCCAUCCGAGUCUCAGGUUGGAGUCCUUCUGGGGGCCUGGAGCCCCAGGAUAAGAGUCCAGAUAGCCUGCCAGUCCUUGGGGACAGAUGGUCUGGGGCCGUGGUGCGAAGGGUGCUGUCGGGACCUGGUUCGGCCAGGACAGAACAGAAAGAGCCAAGGGCAGAAGGCACUGGCCUGGAGGGGGCAGGCCUGGAAGCUGGGGCCCAGCAGAGGACCUUGCCCUGGAACCAGGGCUCUACACUCCCCUUCCUGCUGGACUCAAAGGCCUGUCAGUCCUUCCAUGAGGCCCUGGAUGCCUGGGCAAAGGGACCGGGUACAGAGCCCUUCUACAUUCGAGCCAACCUCUCCCUGCCCGAGCGGCCAGACCCCCACGCCCUUUGUGUGAAAGCCCAAGAGAUCCUGCGGCUGGUGGACCCCGCAUACAAACGGAGGCAGGAAUGGUUCUGCACUCGGGUUGACCCCCUCACCUUACGGGACCUGGAUCGGGGCACUGUGCCCAAUUAUCAGAGGGCGCAGCAGCUUCUAGAAGGCCAGGAAAAAUGCCUGCUCUCCAACAGGCACCGAAGUCCUCGAAGCAACCUGAAGAAACGAGCCUUGGGGCUGGUGAGGCCCAAGCCUGCAGGGGGCGCUGCAGGAGACUCGCCCGAACAGCUAUCCGCAGAGCCCUGCUCAGAGCUAGAGCGAAGCCUUAAACCCUACAGUCUGGUGCGGCCACUGUUGGUGUCUGCCCUACGGCCUGUGGUGCUCCUGCCUGAGUGCCUGGCACCCCGGCUCAUCCGCAACCUGCUGGAUCUGCCCAGCUCCAGGCUAGAUUUCCAAGUGUGCCCUGCAGCAGAAAGUUUCUCUGGAGAGGAACAGUGCGCAUCCUCAGCUCCCGGAGCCCCCAAGGCCUGGCCUGCUACCCCCGGGCUGGGCAGCAGGAUCCGCGCCAUCCAGGAGUCUGUUGGGAAGAAGCACUGUCUGUUGGAGCUGGGUGCACGGGGCGUGCGGGAGUUGGUGCAGAGCGAGAUCUACCCCAUCGUCAUUCAUGUGGAGGUGACUGAAAAGAAUGUCCGUGAGAUCAGGGGCCUGCUGGGCCGUCCAGGCUGGCGGGAUUCAGAGCUGCUUCGUCAGUGCCGGGGCUCAGAACAAUGGCUCUGGGGACUGCCAUGUUCCUGGGUGCAGGUGCCUGCUCAUGCAUGGGGCCAUGCAGAAGAGCUGGCCAAGGUGGUGCGUGGCCGCAUCUUGCAGGAACAGGCUCGCCUUGUGUGGGUGGAGCGAGGCAGCAGCCGAGGGGGCAGCGGCAGCAGCAGUGAGGCCUGAGGACCAUCCUAUGGCCAGGACUCUUCCAUCCGAUGCCUGGGCCUCCUCCACCCGGUGCCUGGACACUCCCCAUUCGUGCCUGGUUUCACCUGUACUGGAGAGACUGCUGGUGGAUGCGAUGCUGUGUCUGCAGUGGAGUCAGACUUCCCAGUUGGGGCUUUCCUUGUCCCAUGGACGCUCCAGCAUGAGACAUUGGUCCUGGACUCUGACCAGAGUCAGCCACUGGUUUUGCACAGGCUGUGGGGGUGCACAGGGCAGACCUUGCACCUGCCCCUGACUUGCUGCUCUGUCUCCUCACUGGCUCCCUGUAUCCCUGUGUUUACCCCAAGGUUUCCGUUUGUGGGCCUUACGUGUGUGCCUGGGCCCUCUCCUUCCACACGCGCCCUGGAAUAGAGUUCUCACACCGUGGUCCAACUUUGCACACUAAUGGCCUCAUGGAUCUCUGAUUCUGUCCCUCUACCUGGGUGCCCAAGGCCCCCGGGGUCCUCAGCCUGCUCUGCCACCAUCAUGUGGCCGCCACAGUCCACAUCAGUUUUCGUGUGUACUGUCAUGAGAUACUAUGGCUGCCCUGGUCUGCUUGAACCUGUAUGUCUCUGUGUCAUCUCUCCUUGUGUGUAAAUGUCACACCGUCCCUGUGACACAGGGCACUAACAAAUGUGUGUUCUGCGCAGCACACCAGGAUAUGUUCUCUUGGCCAGCUUCCUGUUCCCCACCUGCCUCUAGGAGGUCAGGGUGGUGGUGCUGCUAGGCUGGCCGCCUGAAUGUUUGGCUUGUGGGUGACUCCCAGGCCCGUUCACACAAGCUGCAUAUAAUGAGUCAUUAAAGUUUGUCAUAGAA